AUUUGCCUUUUGUCGCCAUGUUCCCCGUCUUCGGGGCUCACUCGAGCCGACGACGGUGGCCUUUGAAGCUGAUCAUCGGCCUCUGUACCCUCCUCUCGCUCGCUUUCCUCAUCAUUAUCUACACCUGGGAGAAGCGACAGCAGUCACGUGGAGAAGCAGUGCCGCUUGCAGAUCAAUUGCCCGGAGUUGCAGUUGGAUCAACCACCGUGACGGCGGAGGCAGAUCGACUCCAACCCAGUGUCGUCUCCGAGCCACCACAUACCACGAGCGCCCGUUCAGAGCUUCCGGGACCCCACCCCAGUCCGUCCGCGCUCGCAUAUGCAUCCGCGCUGGGGCAAUCCUCGCGUGCUUCCGCGCCAGACGUGGCACGCUGGGCGCCUCUGAGCCUAUCUGCCUGCCUCCCGGGGAUGGCCAACGUCUCAGCCCCGUGCUACGCGCAGGUCUCACUCCCGCAUGCUGUCUACGCGGAGGAGCUGCUGUACCCGGAUUUCCAGAUCCGCGAGCCGUGGUUCGCGCAGGAGGUGCACCGGGACAGAUGGCUUGCGGCGCUAGAGAAGGACGCCGAAUUCAGACAGCGGGCUGCGUUCGAGUUGGAUGGAUGGGUGAGCUAUAGAGGCCAGGUUGGCCAGAAUUUUAUAUUCAAAAACGCUGUGUAUGAAACAGGUGCUCAAGCUGUUACCGGCUGGAGCUCCAAGGCCUGCAUGUCCCGGGGUGUAUUAACAUCUCCGAUACUGUCGCCCGAGGAAUGGUCCAUUCUCUCGACUAUUCCGCGCACGAGACCCGGCAGACCGCCCAUAACCGAACCAAGGAAGAUUCUAGGACAUUAUCCGGUGCUUUCGAUUGUGCUCACACCUGACGCAUCGACCUUCCAGCACUUUCUGGACCGUGCGACACAUGUUAUAGCCCAAGGCGAAUAUCUGCUCGAUGGGCCUGCCGAGGGGAGAUAUGUUUUGACGGCCAGACCAAAUCCCUAUAGCGUUCAGGAGCUCUGGACUCGACUUGGCUAUCCCUCUGGCCAGAUCGUCGGAGCGUCCAAGAACUCGUAUUAUGCCGCCGACGUCAUGGCGUUCUCUUGCCGGGCAGUUCUGAUUGUGUACAUGUCGAGAGAGACAGGACACACAUCGAAUCGCGGUCGCCAUGUCAUCAACGAAGAGGCUGUCCUCAAACACCUCACAAAUUAUCUCGCUACCCGAAACAGGGGAGAAGAACUGGUUGUUUUCGACCACGACUCGUUCAGCUAUUUCUCCGAGCUGAUAGACUGGGUCUCGAAGAACGCGCUCGCCAUCGUGGGGCCCCACGGCGGUGCCAUGUUCAAUCAUCGCUGGUGUGUGGAUCUCUCGUCAUUUAUCUCAUCAUUCAUCACGAGCGACGUUAAAAGGGCAGCUCAAGACACGCUCGUGGUCGAAUUCAUCCCCGACAAACAUGUUCCUGCGAUGAUCUGGGAGGAAGUAUCCAUGCUCUCGCAAACGUACGCCGCCAUCGUCGUCAAGUCGGUGAGACAAGGCCGGGGCCCAGAAACAGAUAUGGUCAUUGAUCCCCGGGACGUGGAAGACUUGUUGGCGCGUUUUCUGGACGGCCGCGAGAACAGGAGUCUUCCUCUGAGAAAACCAAUUUACCCGUGGGAUGGAAUGGAGGUGCGGAAACCUGGAGCUUAG